GACUGACAUGUCUUCUGAGAAGAACUGGAGGCUUGAGGACUGUAGUAGCAGAAACAAUUAAUUAAAUUGUACAGAACGCAAGGUCACAUGGAACUGAGAACUAAGAGGAAAUUUUGAACUUGUUCCUGCUCUGUUCAGCAACAGAGGAAAGAGUUGGGCAUAUUGGUGCUGUAAGAUUAUGAAGUCAGUAUUGUAUAUGUCUAUGGGAAAAGCUAAGCACAACCAUAAGAUUCCAUUAGAAAAUUGGGUGUGGGUUUUGGGUUUUUUUUCAUAGAAAUACAGAACUAUUACUCUUGCAUUUGUCAAAGUGAGACUCUGCUGAAAUGAUUGGCUGUCAACAAGAGGGUCAAUUCAAACUGAAGGAAGGGCAGAAAGGAAAGCAAAGCAAACAAGAUGAGCAAUUUUAUUAGGAGAUAAAUAAUAUUUUUUUUAUACCUCAGUAUGCCGCCAUGUAGAAAUAGCUAGGUUACCUGGCAUUAAGGAUUUAAAGACAGCAUGGCAAGGUUACAUGCCUUACUUAUUUUAUCCUGUGUUGGCAGAGUGUUACAGUCUAUAUACCUGAACUAGCUUGUGUAGGUACCUACAUGGCAAGGAACUGGAUUUCUAGAAUUUCUAAUGAAAGGCUAGGAUGAGAAAUACAUUUGAGUUGCAACAAGGAAGAAAGUGAUUUAUGAUUGAGAACACUAUUAACAAACAAAUUAAUAGAGAAGCUACCCUGAAUGUGUGGAGGGAGAACAGUCUAGAAAAGAUUACUAAGGCUGUGUCUCUUUCUGUUUGUCUGCAUUAAUAGUGAGUAAUUACUGCUAAGGACCUGGUGUCCAAACAGCAAGCAUUUAAAGGUUUCUUUUUCUUUGGAGUAGCUCUAAAGGAGUUCAGUUUGUGUAGUCAAGACUGUUCCACUGCACAAACCAAGCACAGAAGGUUUGCUUUAAAGACACGCCUCUGCUCUGAAUUAAAGUGGUAAUGUAUGUGCACCUUAUGAGAACAGAGAAAGCUGAAAGAUUUCAAGCUGCUUGCCAAGAUGACCCCUUUUAUUAUGUGCAAUUGUUCACCUAUGCUAUUCUGCCUGCUUCUAGAAUUUCAAAGUUCUGCCUUCAUCUUCAGACUCUUAUCAAUGGCUUUUUCAAAAUACCUACACAUCAGAAAAAAACCAUUUAUCUCUGUCAGCUUUUGAUAAGAAUUGCAAAAGGAAAAACCCUCGAAUUACAGUUUGAAAAUGGUCAAACAAUUUCACCUUUGGAAUCUGCUCUGACUUUCUGGACUUUACUUGAAAAGGAAGAAAUUAAACUGGAAAAGCUUCAUGAAGAUAUUCGUCGCUUGAUUCAAAUUCAGAUUGUAGCAGUUCAUAUGGAAAAUGGAUAUUUUAAGGAAGCUACCGAACUUCUUGAAAGGCUGUUUACAGACUCUGAAUCAGAUAAGCCUUUAAGGAUGAAGCUGGCAACCAUAAUUAAAAACAAGGAUCCAUAUGUUCCUCUUCUCCAAAGCUUCAGUUACAGUCUUUUAAUAAGUAAAAUCAAGUUCUACAUUGAACUUUUCAUGAAAGAAAAGGAAACUGACUUCUUAAUACAGGAAGCCACAAGAUAUGCAGAGUCUAAAGGACUGGAAGCAACAACAUUGCAAAACAAAUCUAUGAAUGUCAGUGAAAAUGACGAAAGUAAUUUGGUCACAAAACAAAGAUUGGUGAAAGAGCAACAGUAUAUCGCAAAUCAAUCACCUGGAGACAUAAAAAAAUCCACAGAAAGGCCUUAUUCAGGGCAGAAACACACAGGGAGCAGAGUUCUUCAGAGUCUCAACAACUUACAGAAUGUGGAAAACCAUGGAGUUUCAGCUUGUGGCCGAAGAAGACAGCGAUGGACUUACAAAGAAGACUUGGAACUGAAAUCAGGAGUAAAGAUGUUUGGAGUGGGUAACUGGGCUAAAAUUUUGGCCCAUGGUAACUUCGACAACCGAACAAGUGUCAUGUUAAAAGACCGGUGGAGAACACUGUGCAGGAUUGACCUAGCCUAGCUUUCCAGAAUAACAACUUAUUUUAGUCUCAAAGUGUCCAGCAGUGUUGCUGUCCUAAAACAUGAAACAGAAUAGUAAUAGGUAUAAAACAUUUAUGUAAGCAACGUUGUUCAGGUGAUGACUUUAAUGUGAAGCCUAAUACACAGUGUGAACUUUAUGGCAGAUGAACCUUGGCUAACAUUAAAAACAUUCCUUACUACUA